AUGACGCCACCUUUCGGGGGCCUGCAGGAGAGACGAGUGAAGCACACGGCCCUGAACUUGCUGUUGGGCGGAACUGGCGGCGCUGGGGGGUGGGGGUCACAUCUAUCCGAGCCUCAGAGAAGCUCUACGUCUUUCCCCCCACUUCCCCAACCUCAUUUAUCCCGAACUCCUCGGGCACCAGCCAAUGCCUUCUACCGCGUGCGGCCUAGGGAGACCCGCAGGGCUUGGUGGUCGAGGCCGGGGGACCCGUCGGGACCCCAGCCGAAGGCCGACGACCCCCCCCCCGUCCCCGCUCCACGACUGGCCCCCUCAACCUCCCCGCUACUUACCAAGACAGAGUCCGGAAAGAAGUCCCGGGGAGGCCGCAGCCGGAAAGGCCCGGCGCCCCCUCCGAAGGGCAGAACCCAGACAGUCAGGACAACAAUGGCGGACCUGGAAGUAGGGACGUCAUCCGGCGCCUUCCGGUGCUUGGCACGAGCCCCCAUCUCUAGGACGCCAGGAGGUCACCUCAUCUCGGUGGUUUCUUUGUUCCGAUUCUCCAACCCCUCCUCCCCGAGCCUCAGAAACUGGGGCGGGGAAAUGAAGGCAGGAGGCGGGGUCGAUCGCCCCAUUGGGUGGGCCCGCGAAGGCUCAUCCAAUGAGCAGGAGAACCUGGCGAGAGGGCGGGCCUGCUUUUCCCCAACUUACAUGUGCACAGCAACAUCAGUUUGUGACAGUCCCGUUACUCAUCUAAGCUUACGCAGCCACGCAACAACAAUAAGAAAGAAUGUGAGCCCUAGUGGCAUCAAGCUUUUUUAAAUUUUAUGUACUUAUUGAUACCCAAGAUGUGAACUGGAAAGCAGAUUUGUUAAAGCUUCAGGU